AUGGCAUACAAAACUGUCUCUGGUGUCAAUGGACCUCUGGUUAUUUUGGAUGAAGUUAAAUUCCCCAAAUUUGCAGAAAUUGUACAACUCAGACUUUCUGAUGGAACUUUACGUUCAGGACAGGUUUUGGAAGUCAGCGGCUCCAAAGCUGUUGUACAAGUUUUUGAGGGUACCUCAGGAAUUGACGCUAAGAACACACUUUGUGAAUUUACUGGUGACAUUUUGAGGACUCCAGUAUCAGAGGAUAUGUUAGGUCGUGUGUUCAACGGAUCAGGAAAGCCAAUUGACAAAGGACCCCCAAUUUUGGCUGAAGAUUUCUUGGACAUCCAAGGUCAACCCAUCAAUCCCUGGUCUCGUAUCUAUCCUGAGGAAAUGAUCCAAACUGGUAUCUCUGCUAUUGAUGUGAUGAACUCCAUUGCUCGUGGACAGAAGAUUCCCAUCUUCUCUGCAGCUGGUCUGCCCCACAAUGAAAUUGCUGCCCAGAUCUGUAGGCAAGCAGGUUUAGUUAAAAUCCCAGGAAAAUCAGUUUUGGAUGACCAUGAAGAUAACUUUGCCAUUGUGUUUGCCGCUAUGGGUGUCAACAUGGAAACUGCCAGAUUCUUCAAACAAGAUUUCGAGGAGAAUGGUUCCAUGGAGAAUGUGUGCCUGUUCUUGAACUUGGCCAAUGAUCCAACUAUUGAACGUAUCAUUACCCCACGUCUGGCUUUGACAGCUGCUGAAUUCUUGGCCUACCAAUGUGAAAAGCACGUGUUGGUAAUCUUAACAGACAUGUCCUCAUAUGCUGAAGCUUUGCGUGAGGUAUCAGCUGCCCGUGAAGAAGUACCCGGACGUCGUGGUUUCCCAGGUUACAUGUACACUGAUUUGGCCACAAUUUAUGAACGUGCUGGACGUGUUGAAGGCAGAAAUGGUUCUAUCACCCAAAUUCCAAUUUUGACUAUGCCCAACGAUGAUAUUACUCACCCUAUUCCUGAUUUGACUGGUUACAUCACUGAAGGACAGAUCUACGUAGACAGACAACUGCACAACAGGCAAAUCUACCCACCUGUAAACGUAUUGCCUUCCCUGUCACGUUUGAUGAAAUCUGCCAUUGGUGAGGGUAUGACACGUAGAGAUCACUCUGAUGUGUCCAAUCAAUUGUAUGCUUGCUACGCCAUUGGUAAGGACGUGCAGGCUAUGAAGGCUGUCGUAGGAGAGGAAGCUUUGACACCUGAUGACUUGUUGUACUUGGAAUUCUUGACGAAAUUUGAGAAGAACUUUAUCUCACAGGGUAAUUAUGAGAACCGCACAGUAUUUGAAUCUUUGGACAUUGGCUGGCAAUUGUUGCGUAUCUUCCCCAAGGAGAUGUUGAAGAGAAUACCCGCUUCCACCCUCGCCGAGUUUUACCCACGUGAUUCUCGUCAUUAAAAAUCUUACUAAAGUUUCCAUCAAUACCAUAUUUUAUUUCCCUUUAUAUGUUGUCUUCUCCAUGUAAAGAAUAUUAAAUCAGUUUUUGGGAUGUCUGGUACUAACCACAUCCUUAAUGUAAGGAAAACAUGAAGACAUGUUUUAAUGUUUAAAGAAAUUGUAGAUACUUAUAAAAUAAUGAUUCUAUUGUUAAAAUGAAAGUAUGUUGUUGUGAAACAGUAUUCUGCCGUACUAGCUACAAGUUGUUGAAAUAUUAUCAAAUUUUAUUAUUAUAUUUGUUUUUUUCUGUAUGAUUUUAAAUUACAUUCCAUGAUAAUUUUCAGUUUUAUAUAAUCUAAUAAAUUCAAUUUAACUGUUAAAAUUUGAUCAUAUUGUGUAUAUACAUAGCAAUAUAAAAUAUAAAGUUACA